GUCUGUCAUAUUUACCUACAUAUAAGCCCAUAGAUAUAAAAAUAUGAACACAAAGCUAAUUUUCAUACAUAAAUAAUUCAGUCUAGAAGUAAAAGGUUUCAAAUACAGUUAAGAAGAAACACAGCGACUUUAUAACAUUAAUGUCAGUGAACUUUGUUUAUUGUCGCCAUCUUCUUUCCUUUUUUGAAUUUGAAGCCGUUGUGCAACGGAAAUGUCGUAAUACGUAAAACGUCAUCAUAUAGCCAGUGCCCAUUGGUCGAUCCUACUACAGUCCCGUUUGACCAAUCAUCGAGCAGAUUCAGGGAAAUAAAAGGAGGACGCGUCAGGUUUGGGGUUUAUUCGUGUCUACGAGCAGAAUAAUAAUUAAAGCAGAAAAUGUCUGGACGUGGAAAGACCGGCGGUAAAGCCAGAGCUAAGGCCAAGACUCGCUCCUCCAGGGCCGGGCUCCAGUUCCCCGUCGGCCGUGUCCACAGGCUGCUGAGGAAGGGUAACUAUGCUCAGCGCGUCGGGGCCGGAGCUCCCGUCUACCUGGCGGCGGUGCUCGAGUAUCUGACCGCUGAGAUCCUGGAGCUGGCUGGAAACGCCGCCAGAGACAACAAGAAGACCAGGAUCAUCCCCCGCCACCUGCAGCUGGCCGUCCGCAACGACGAGGAGCUCAACAAGCUGCUCGGAGGAGUCACCAUCGCUCAGGGUGGUGUCCUGCCCAACAUCCAGGCGGUGCUGCUGCCCAAGAAGACCGAGAAACCCGCCAAGAAGUAAACAUGAACCUGGCGACCACCAAAACCAAAGGCUCUUUUAAGAGCCACCCACUACUCUCAAAGACACUCAUCCUGACCUAUAUGUGACUGUGUUUAUUUGGCCAGUGAUGUGUUAAUUCUUUCUUCAUGCGGGGUGA